CUCCCGCCGCUCCGCGCCGCCCGCCCGCCCGGCUCGCCUGCUCCCGCGCCCGCUCCACGCGCCGCAGCCAUGUGUCCCCGAGCCGCGCGGGCGCUGGCACCGCGGCUCCUCGCGCUGGGCGCGCUGCUGUGGCCGGCGGCCGGCGCCUGGACGCUCACCAUCCUGCACACCAACGACGUGCACAGCCGGCUGGAGCAGACCAGCGAGGACUCCAGCAAGUGCGUGAACGCCAGCCGCUGCGUGGGCGGCGUGGCCCGGCUCUACACCCAGGUGCGGCGGGUCCGCAGCGCCGAGCCCCACGUGCUGCUGCUCGACGCCGGCGACCAGUACCAGGGCACCAUCUGGUUCACCGUGUACAAGGGAGCGGAGGUGGCACACUUCAUGAACGCCCUGGGCUACGAUGCCAUGGCCCUGGGAAAUCAUGAAUUUGAUAACGGUGCCGAAGGUCUGAUUGAUCCGCUCCUCAGAGAGGCCAAAUUUCCAAUUCUGAGUGCAAACAUUAAAGCGAAGGGGCCGCUAGCAUCUCAAAUAGCAAAUCUUUAUUUGCCGUAUAAAAUCCUUACUGUUGGUGGUGAAUCGGUGGGAAUUGUUGGAUACACCUCAAAAGAAACUCCUGUUCUCUCAAAUCCAGGGCCAAAUUUAGUAUUUGAAGAUGAAAUCACUGCAUUGCAACUGCAAGUAGAUAAGCUAACGACUCUCAAUGUGAACAAAAUUAUUGCCCUGGGACACUCUGGUUUUGAAAUGGAUAAACUUAUCGCUCAGAAAGUGAGGGGCGUGGACGUCGUGGUGGGAGGUCACACCAACACGUUCCUUUACACAGGCACCCCACCCUCCAAAGAGGUGCCGGCGGGGAACUACCCAUUCAUUGUCACCUCCGAUGACGGACGGAAGGUUCCCGUGGUCCAGGCCUAUGCCUUUGGCAAAUACUUGGGCUAUUUGAAGGUUGAGUUUGAUGCAAAAGGAAAUGUCAUCACGUCCCAUGGAAACCCCAUUCUUCUCAACAGCAGCAUUCCUGAAGAUCCGAACAUAAAAGCAGACAUUAACAAAUGGCGGAUAAAACUAGAUAAUUAUUCUUCCCAGGAGUUGGGGAAAACCAUCGUCUACCUGGACGGCUCCAGCCAGUCAUGCCGCUUUCGAGAGUGCAACAUGGGCAACCUGAUCUGUGAUGCCAUGAUUAACAACAACCUCCGACACUUGGAUGAAAUGUCCUGGAACCACGUGUCCAUGUGCAUUUUAAACGGCGGUGGCGUCCGGUCUCCCAUUGACGAGCGGAACAACGGCACGAUUACGUGGGAGAGCCUGACGGCCGUCUUACCCUUCGGAGGGACCUUUGACCUGGUCCAAGUGAAAGGCUCCACCCUGAAGAAGGCCUUUGAGCACAGCGUGCACCGCUACGGCCAGUCCACCGGCGAGUUCCUGCAGGUGGGCGGAAUCCACGUGGUGUAUGAUCUUUCCCGAAAACCUGGGGACAGAGUGGUCAAACUAGAUGUUCUUUGCACCCGGUGCCGAGUGCCCACUUACGAGCCUCUCAGAACGGAUGAGGUGUAUAAGGUGAUCCUCCCGAGCUUCCUUGCCAACGGUGGAGAUGGAUACCAGAUGUUAAAAGAAGAAUUAUUACAACAUGACUCAGGUGACCAAGAUAUCAACGUGGUUUCUCAAUACAUCUCAAAAAUGAAAGUCAUUUAUCCAGCAGUUGAAGGUCGGAUCACGUUUUCUGCAGGAAGUCGUUACCAUGGAAACUUUUAUCUAAUAUUCCUCUCAAUUUUGGCAGCUAUCAUUGUUUUAUACCAAUAGCCAAAAAACUCUCCUUGCCACUGUGUGAAACUGCCUUUAGGAACCUUCUUUAUAAUGGCACAGGCCAUCCUCACAGGCUCCUGGAAGCUGAGCUUGGAAGAUCGUAAACGAAGACAUCAUCACUCAGGAUCCACAACUUAGUGAACACACAGGAAAAGAAUUUAAAAUGAGCCCCGAGAGAGGAAGACCACCAUCUUCGGUUUGCAUAUGCAAAUUUUAAGCUGUUCAGAAUACUUAAUGGACUCCUCUCUUCUUCAAGGAUAACAAAUCUCUGCUUUAUUUCUGGUCUCUUGUUCCUUUUUAGCUCCUGUUAUAACAAGUUUCAUGGACUAAACAAGGGCAGCAUUCUUUCUUGUGCCUCCUACGUUCCUUUGAUGAAUCAAGGAACAAAUGAUGCAGCAGAUAAUGGGACAGGCCAAGUCAAGGGGCGGGGAGAAAGGGAAGGAAAGGAGGGGCACCCAGGACCGAUUUUCAUUGCAGAAGAGAGCUAAAGUACAUAGAUUUAUUAAAUAUUUCCUGAGCUAGCAGCCUAGUGCCUGACACAUGGUAUUAACUGUUUAUGAGAGUCCAUCAGUUCUGCUUCUGUGCUCUUUCCUUUCUUCUUAAUUUUAAGGUGUCAUGAGAAGAGAACCUUCUUUGACCAGGUGUAAUUCUAAACCUCCCCAGAAAGUACCAAUACUGUACUUAUUCUAGUCGCACCACAAACACACACACACUCCCUCCCCCAGUCAUGGAAAAUCUAGAGGGGAGACAAGGGUUGAUUUUUAAAAAUGGUGUACAGCCCUAACCGGUUUGGCUCAGUGGAUAGAGCGUCGGCCUGCAGACGGAAGGGUCCCAGUUUGAUUCCAGUCAAGGGCAUGUACCUUGGUUAUGGGCACAUCCCCAGUCGGGAGUGUGCAGGAGGCAGCUGAUCUCUCUCAUUGAUGUUUCUAACUCUCUAUCCCUUUCUGUAAAAAAUCAAUAAAAUAUAUUUUUUAAAAAUAAAAACGGUGUACUACAGCAGUUUGAAGUCGCUCUGCCUCCAAACCGGAACAGUCACUCUUAAGUCAUUCUCAAGUCUAGAUAUGAGAGCUCCUACCUGGGAGUGGGCCCCUCUGAGUGGGUGCUCAGGAAAUACCCAACUGAGGAGAUGAUUUUUGCCCAAAGGUGGUUGUGGGAGCAUGUGAACCUGCACAGCGUUGCAGGAUCCAAUGAGAAAGGAAAACAUUCACCUUAGAAAACAGUGAGCACCUAAGAAAGAAAGAGCACCUACAAUGACCACAAAAUAAAACCAAACAGCAGCUUGUGUGGACCAGAAGGGAGUCUGGGAGGAGUUUCUGAGGUGCUGCAGUAUUCCAUGUCUGUCUGGUUGGUCACUCAGGCUUGUUCAGUGUGUGAAGUCCAUUGAACUGUACGUUUGUGAUUUAUACACAUUUCCAAAUAUAUUUAUACGUAUAAAAAAGUUAAAAUAGUGAACACCAGCUAGAGGUGUGGAGAGGGAAUAUGUUUGUUUCUUAAUGUUUACGAAUAUUAAGUGCCCUUGGCAUAGAAUAUACUUGUCAAAACAUCUGUAUAAAUGUUGUGGCAGUAAAAUAAUGUCCUCAGUUCUAUGUAUAUACACAUUAGCUAUAAAUAAUGUCAGUAAGAUUGUAGGGAAAAUUAGAGGUGCAUUUGGGGUAUAUUUUUUCUGCUUGGCCUUGUAAAAUAGGAUAAAUUCUACUAGAGCACAAACUUUAAAGAACAUUUUUAUAACUUUUCUAAAUAUGUGUGCAUGUGUUGUGCAAUGGUUUAAGAAAUGACCUCAAAACUUUGCAAUUGCAGAUUCCAAACAAUAAAAUGGAAGAUAGGCUCUUUGUCUUUGGUAUUAUUUCUUCUCUC